GACAUGAUGGAGCCACUCUGAAGGAGAAGAAGAAGAAGAAGCUCCAUUUUGCUGUGAAGAUGUUCCCGCCCUGCGAGGAGGGGCAGGCAUGUGCAGGAUGGCCAACAAGAAGUGUGGCGGGGAUGUGGCGCCUGCUGGGUGGACACCUUCGCUCCUGACAAGUGUCUUCAUGGAGGAACCUGCACGGGGAGACCAUCAGGGGCCAACAAUAACCUGCACGGGGAGACCAUCAGGGGCCAGCAAUAACCUGCACGGGGAGACCAUCAGGGGCCAGCAAUAACCUGCACGGGGAGACCAUCGGGGGCCAACAAUAACCUGCACGGGGAGACCAUCAGGGGCCAGCAAUAACGGCGCCUGUCGCCAAUAAAGAAGCAAUAAAUCCCUCAAUUCUCCUUCCAGCGACGCCAUGACAGAAGACGAGGCGUCAAAGUUGAGGAGAAGAAGAAGACCUGACUGCUGACCACAAACUGCUGGAUGAAAGAUGCUUUUUUGGACGAAGACCACUGUGACUGUGUUGUUGACUUUGUGGCGUUAUGUUUGACCCCAAGAGCCAUAUUGCUGAUUGAAAAGGCAGUCAUUGUUGAUCUAUGAUGGAGGCGCCUCCAUGCUCCAAGAAGACUCUCUCCCUGUCCCUGCCGGUGCCCCGCGAGGGUCAGGCCACCCUCAAGCCCCCGCAGCACCUGUGGAGGCAGCCCCGGACCCCCAUCAAGAUCAAGCACCGCGGCUACUCCGACACCGACCGCCGCCACCACCAGCGGCACAUGGAGCGCUCGGACGCCGUGGACAGCAGCGACCGGCCCGGCCUGAAGAAGUCGCGGAUGUCGUGGCCGUCCUCCUUCCACGGGACCACGCACACGUCCCUCGGGAACUGUGCCGCCAAUAGACGCUUCGACUCGGAGAAUGGACCCUCGCCAGGCCGCAGCCCCAUGGACUCGCAGGCGAGUCCCGGGGUGGUGCUGCACCCUCCCUUCCCGCAGAGCCAGCGCCGGGAGUCCUUCCUGUACCGCUCCGACUCCGACUACGACACCACCCCCAAGAGCAUGUCUCGCAACUCCUCCAUCAACAGUGAGGGGCAUGCUGAGGACAUGAUCGUCACCCCUUUCGCUCAGGUGUUGGCCAGCCUCCGAACUGUAAGAAGCAACUUCACCAUCCUCGCCAAUGUCACCAGUCCCACCAACAAGAGGUCGCCACUGACAAGUCAGCCGACUGUUCCUCAAGCUACCCUCUCUGAUGAGACGUACCAGCAAAUGGCUCGGGAGACUCUGGAGGAGCUGGACUGGUGUCUGGACCAGCUGGAGACCGUCCAGACCCACCGCUCCGUCGGCGAGAUGGCCUCCAACAAGUUCAAGAGGAUGCUGAACAGAGAGCUGUCCCACUUGUCGGAGAUGAGUCGCUCAGGGAACCAGGUGUCAGAAUACAUCUCCACCACCUUUCUAGACAAGCAGAACGAGGUGGAGAUCCCGUCCCCGACGUCGAGGGAGCGAGAGAAGCCCAUGUGUCACAUCAGCGGGGUGCGGAAGCUCACGCACAGCUCCAGCCUUUCCAACUCCACCUUGCCUCGCUUCGGCGUCAAGACCGAGCACGAGGACGCGUUAGCCAGAGAGCUCAAUGACUUGAACAAGUGGGGCCUUAAUAUAUUUCGUGUGGCAGAGUUCUCCAACCACCGACCCCUGAGCUGCACCAUGUUUGCCAUCUUCCAGGAGCGAGAUCUGCUGAAGACCUUUCGGAUCCCGGUGGAUACCUUCGUGACCUACGUGAUGACGCUGGAGGACCACUACCAUGCCAACGUGGCCUACCACAACAGCCUGCACGCCGCAGAUGUCACGCAGUCCACACACGUGCUGCUGUCCACGCCCGCUCUCGAUGCCGUCUUCACAGAUCUGGAGAUUUUGGCUGCGUUGUUUGCUGCCGCCAUCCACGAUGUGGACCAUCCAGGAGUGUCCAACCAGUUCCUCAUCAACACCAACUCAGAACUCGCCCUGAUGUACAACGACGAGUCAGUGCUGGAGAACCACCACCUGGCCGUGGGCUUCAAGCUGCUCCACGAGGACAACUGUGACAUCUUCCAGAACCUCAGCAAGCGGCAGAGACAAAGCUUGAGGAAACUGGUCAUUGACAUGGUUCUGGCCACGGACAUGUCCAAACACAUGAGUCUGCUGGCAGACCUCAAGACCAUGGUUGAGACCAAGAAAGUGACCAGCUCGGGGGUUCUGCUGCUAGACCACUACACGGAUCGGAUACAGGUGCUGAGGAACAUGGUGCAUUGUGCAGACCUCAGCAACCCCACCAAGCCCCUGGCUGUGUACCGCCAGUGGACCGAGAGAAUCAUGGAGGAGUUCUUCAGGCAAGGAGACAAGGAGAGGGAGCGAGGGAUGGAGAUUAGUCCCAUGUGUGACAAGCACACCGCCUCUGUGGAGAAGAGUCAGGUGGGCUUCAUCGACUACAUCGUCCACCCUCUGUGGGAGACUUGGGGGGACCUGGUGCACCCCGACGCCCAGGACAUCUUGGACACCCUGGAGGACAACAGGGACUGGUACCAGAGCACCAUCCCGCAGAGCCCCUCGCCUCCUCCCGUGGUCCAGGACAAGGAGCUCAAGGCCUGCACGGACAGGUUCCAGUUCCAGCUCACCCUGGAGGAGCAGCAGGGGGACCGGGACCGGGACCGGGACCGGGACCGGGCCAAGGCCUGCCCCAACCACGUGGAGGAGGGCGACUGCAGCCAAGGCCAGGGAAGCAAGGAGGGGGAGGUCCUGGCGAAGGAGGAGGAGGACAUCAUAGAGGAGGAGGAUGAAGAGGUGGCCAUGGAGGAGGAGGAGCAGGAGGAGGAGCUUAAAGGCCAGGACUCCAAAAAGGAGAGACUUUCUGACACCAGUCCUGUAGAGGAGGAGGAGGAGGAGGAGGACUAUUCUUCUUCGCAAGCAGAAGACACAUGAGUGGAGAAGCCAGAUGACAUUACAGACCUUCACCUGUGGAUCACACAGCAACUGUAGACGCUGUAGCGCUCUGGCACAGGAAGUCAACAACACCCGGCCAUGCAGUCAUGCAUGCGCUAUAUGCAGAAUUCCUGCAGUACCGCCCUCCACCACCACGGGCCGCUCUUCCCCUGCAAUGUUUGUGUGUGGCACCCUUGUUUUGUGUGGAAAAAGCCAUCUUUGAGGGGAGCGCUGGCUCACGCUGGCUCACGCUCACUAUUAGUAAUCCACGCUCACUAGGAAGUCCACAGGAAGCGGGACACUUUAUUCCAUUUGUUUUUUUUCCAUUUCUGUCGGAAAAAAGAAAAUGAGGGAAACGUGAGGACGCCGGCGGGGCCGCUGGGGUCCCCGUACCCCCUUACCCUCUUACCCCCUUUACCAGAUGGCUCUGUGCCUUUUGUGACUCACCACGGUGAAGCAAUGCAUUGUGGGACUGGGGACUUUUGUCUAGACGUGUGUGGUGCCUUUUCUUUUCUCAUUUGUCAAGCUCUAGUGGUGUGUGUGUGCGUGUGCGUGUGCGUGCGUGCGUGUGUGUGUGUGUGUGUGUGUGUGUGUGUGUGCGUGUGUGUGUGCAUGUGUGUGUGUUGCUGUUUGAAACUCUUUUAAGUCUUCCUUUGUUGCUCCUGUGCUGAGGUGGGUCCGCAGAGCAAUCACUAAUUAAGUCUUUUAUCAGGAUAGUCAGAUAUUUCUUUUCUGAAGAAUAAGCCAUGUGAUGCUUGGGUGCAUUUAGUUUGUUUGCCUACUAUUGUGAAGAGAGGAAUUAUUAUUCUGAAUAUAAUUCCUAUUUAGCCAGCCCCACGUCCCCAUGCAACCAUCACCAAAGUACACCGAGGGUGUGAGGAAGAAGUUCAGGAAGUUGGUCCUAAUCUCACUUGUUAACAGCAUAAGGGGAUUCGUACGGCCCCCCAUUUGUCAUAGUUUACCUGACACAUGAAACGUGACAAAGUGGAAGCGUCCACUCCAUUGGGAACCAUCCACUGUGGCCGCCAGAUGACAGUGGCGUGUUGAAUACCUUAAAAUGGGUUUUAUGGUCAUUUUAACUUUGACCACAGCGUCAGUUGCUUUGUGGAGUGGCGCUAUCCAUCAUUUUCAGCAGACUGCAUUGUAAAAUGAUUAACUGCCGCCCUUCCUCUCACGAGAGAUCCACCCAGGAAUGGGGCCAUACGAAUCCCUUCCCGACUGUAUGUCUCGUAAUGUUAAGAAAGUGGCCAUAAGCAGCAAAUAAUGAACGUACCCGUUUUAAAAAAAUACUAUUUUUGAUGCUCUAAACCAGGGGUCCCCAAACUUUUUGUCCUGGGGGGCUGCGUUCAAUCAAGGAAAUUUGGCUGGGGGGCCGGGCUAUACAUAUAAAUAUAUAUGUAUAUAUAUAUAUCAAUCAAUGAUUGAUGGAUUGCUAUAUAUGUAUAUAUAUAAAUAUAUAUACAUAUAUAUAUCAAUCCAUCAAUCAAUGAUUGAUGGAUUGAUAUAUAUAUGUAUAUAUAUGUAUGUGUGCGUGUGUAUAUAUAUAUAUGUGUGUGUGUAUAUAUAUAUUUAUGUGUGUAUAUAUAUAUGUAUAUAUGUAUGUGUAUAUAUAUAUACAUAUAUGUAUAAAUAUGUGUUUAUAUAUAUGUGUGUGUGUGUGUGUGUGCAUAAAGCCGGGCCCCCCGAGCGCAAUGGUGUGUGAUGUUAUCAAUGGGAAAAUGCAUUUUUUAGACAAUGUGAUUUGCCUGAGUGGGUUGGGGGCCCUGAGAGUAACAAGCGGUAGAAAAUGGAUUGAUGGAUGGGCUAGAAAGGAAUGAUUGAAAUUAAUAAAUAAAUAUAUAUGUGUAUAUAUAUAUAUAUAUACAGUAUAUAUAUAUAUAUAUAUAUAUAUAUAUAUAUAUAUAUAUAUAAAUGUAUAUGUAUAUAUAUAUAUAUAUACAUAUAUAUAUAUACAUAUAAAUAUUUAGAUGAAAAAAAUGUAUUUGCGACUUCCCGCGGCCUGUAUUUUGUUUGCUAGCAGGCUGUAUCCUGCCCGCCGCCUGUAGUUUGAGGACCACUGCUCUAAAA